GUAUGAACGCGGCCGUGAGGGCCACAGUCAGAGUUGGUAUCUACACCGGAGCCAAGGUCUACUUUGUUCAUGAGGUAAAGUCAUACAGUAGAAUCCUAGAAUCACAAUCACAGUUCUGUGAUCCAAGUUUAUUCACUUGAUAAUGUGUUGUCUAUCAUUGCUGAUCACCCAUAGAGUCCGCUACUAUCCACUCUAUCCUGAUUACCAUUGUAAUUUAUCUAACUGAAGUUUUAAGAAAUACCCCCAAAAAUGGAUUCUAUCACAACCCACAUUGAGAGAAGAGUUGUGUGGCUGCAGUAGCAUGCUGUUGUCUCCCAUUUCAGAAGGCAGUGUUCCUCAUAUGUGAGUGAAACCACAUUGAAGAUAAUGGAGUUUGUAUUUGUGUUGAUGAUGUGUGCAGGGUUACCAGGGUCUGGUGGAUGGAGGAGACAACAUCAAACUGGCCACCUGGGAGAGUGUGUCCAUGAUGCUGCAACUGGUGAGUCCUGUUAUCAGACACUCACAAGCACUGAUGCCAAUACAGUACACAACUGUCAUAAGCUGUCAUUGUCUAGAGAGGGUAUUACAGUAAAUGAAUGACAAGAAACCAAGAGGACUGGUUUAUUUUAAUAUUAGAGACUGAUACAAACACACAACCAAAAGUGUUCAUAGAUAGAUAGAUAGAUAGAUAGAUAGAUAGAUAGAUAGAUAGAUAGAUAGAUAGAUAGAUAGAUAGAUAGAUAGAUGAUGCCUACUGUAACUAAGAGAGAGCAGGGAUGGGAUCCAGUAGUACAAGCUGACCUCCACGUACACAGGGUGUUUAAGUUGAGUUGGGAAGUGGCCAGGCACCAUGGAAAGAUCCCAGCAGGGUGUGACUACAGAGCUGCCUCUCUGUACUGAUAGCAUUACGUAUUCUCAGUACUCAAACUGACCUAGAGUUGAGCUGCAGAUGAGAUGCAAGAUUCACAUGCAUCACUAAAGAUCAUGUUUCACGUUUAGAAAAGUUACAAAUGGCCAUCUAGGCCUUCAAUGAUUUUUAACAGGCUCCACCAAAUUGCAGUCCACAACUUUGUCCAUUAUUUCUUCUAAUUCUAUGAGUCUCUCUCUACCAGGGUGGCACGGUCAUCGGCAGUGCCCGCUGCAUGGACUUCAGAGCCAGGGAGGGCCGCAUGAAGGCUGCCCUGAACCUGGUCAAGCUGGGCAUCACCAACCUGUGUGUGAUUGGGGGUGACGGUAGCUUGACCGGAGCUAACCAGUUCAGGACGGAGUGGUCCACUCUGCUGGUUGACCUGGUCAAAGCCGGUAAGACUGAGCCCCCGAACCCCGGGAACCAUAGGAAAACCCUAAGAACUGAGUGUAUUGCAGACGUGGGUUCAAAUAGUAUUUGAGCGUUUGUUUGAGUCUGCCUGGAGUGCCAGAUGGGCAAGUUUGCACUUUUGAGGCUAUUCCAUUGGUUCCAUGGUGCCAGGAAAACUCAAUCAAGCACAAUGAAAGUAUUGUAAAGAAAACAUAUACUAUUUAAGCCCAGGUCUGGUACAUUGGUGGAAUGGCUGCUGAAUAUGACUGACAGUAUAUGACUGACUACUGUGUUACCAUGGUUGCUCUCCAGGUAAAAUCACUGAUGACGAGGCCCGGAGAUCGUCCCACCUGAACAUCGUAGGCAUGGUGGGUUCCAUCGACAAUGACUUCUGUGGGACAGACAUGACCAUCGGGACUGACUCUGCUCUGCACCGCAUCAUAGAGGUGGUGGAUGCCAUCACCACUACCGCACAGAGGUGAGGAGAGGUCAUCGCUGUCACAUGCAAAUUUGAUUUGCAGCUGUGCACACAACACAAACAGACACACACACACACACGGUUGAUGGGCUUAAUUACUUUAAAUAGCUAAUUGGACACACUCCAUAAACGGCAGCCUGACACACGCAUGCACAGUCUAGUGCUGAGCGAUUAGUGCUUUUUAAAGGUUGGUUUGGUUUCAGUUAGAUUAUAAAAAAAUUAUAAUGGUUUCCGAUUUCGGUUUCGAUCAUUUUUUUCAACACUAAAGUCAUUGAAAUAAUGACAUUAAAAUGGUUUUCAAGCUUUUUCAAUUGCCAAAACAUUGGAAAUAUUCCAUUGUCUCUGUCAGGUCCAUUGGGUAUGCAUUAAUAGAAAAAUAGGAAAUUACUAUGAAAUAAUGAAAUAUUUCAGUUGUGUAUAUUACUUAGUUUUUAUUUGAUGACUUCAUUUGUUGCAUUCCUUAAAGUCAUCAUCUCAUCUCUGCUCAGGCGGUAGCAGCCAGCCAGCCAGACAACCAUCUCUGUACUGUCUUUAGUCAUCCUAAUUAUCUAGGCUAGCCUGCCUAUGUAUGCUGCAGAGCUGUCUGACUAAAUCAUUUUACAUUUACAUUUACAUUUUAGUCAUUUAGCAGACGCUCUUACCCAGAGCGACUUACAGUUAGUGAGUGCAUACAUUUUCAUACUUUUACUAGUUCUUCCCUCUCAUUGUUCUGUUGUGUACAUUCCUCUCUCAUGCGGUAUGUCUGUAUCUAACCUAACUUAGCAGGCGUAAAAGUGUAUCCGUCUCUGUCCGAGCUGGAAAGAACAGGCGCAAUGGAUUAUGGUCAUUGUAGUUAAUUAACACGUUUGUGCACUGAACUAGGUUGAAUAUUUGCUUAUUGAAAACUACAACUCCCUUCAGCCCAGCGUCUCACAUAGUUCUUGACUUAAUUUCUCUAGUGAAUUAUUUGAUUUAUCUUUAGAGCAAAUGGCACCGUUGGGCUCACAAAAAAACAGAACUAAAUGGAAUUCAAGUACUUGAACCUAUGUCGGUCAGUUAGUUGUUUAAUAACAAAAAAUAAAUACAAUUUGGUUAAUCGCUCAGCACUAAAUCGCUCACACACCCUGUUUCUGUUUUCUCUUCUGAACCUGGUUUAUAACAAAGAUGGUUAUUCUGUUGUUCUCCUCAGUCACCAGAGGACCUUCAUCCUGGAGGUGAUGGGUAGACACUGUGGCUACCUGGCCCUGGUGACUGCUCUAGCCUGCGGUGCUGACUGGGUGUUCAUCCCAGAGAUGCCCCCAGAUGAGGGAUGGGAGGGGCAUCUGUGCAGAAGACUGGCUGAUGUAGGUUUACAUGAACAGAUAGACUGACCUCUGACCUGAAGGAUUCUCAUCUCUUCUCUCCUUUCCUCUCCUAUUUUCUCUUAUCCAUAAUUAAUGACUUUUUAAACACACCACAUUACAACAUAAUCUUUAAUCCCAGUUAUCGGUUUCCAUUGUUGAUACCUAAUCAUCAAGCUGACAUCUUGUGUCUUUGGUCUCUGACAGCAAAGAGCCAGAGGAUCUCGUCUGAAUGUGAUUAUUGUGGCUGAGGGAGCUAUGGGCAGAGAUGGAAACCCCAUUGGCUCUGAAGACAUCAAGAAGGUCAGCAAGCUCUCCUCAAAUUACUGUACCUCGCAGUUCAAAUUACUUUGUUUGCUUGUUUUUUAGGACCUCUUUUAGCGUUGCCUUGACCACCAACCGGAUCACUCUCUGGGGACGAGGUUACUUCAAAUCAAAGUUUAUUGGUCGUGUACACAGAUUUGCAGGUGUUAUAACAGCUGCAGCGAAAUGCUUAUGUUACCAGCUCCAAAAGUGCAGUAGAAUGUCUUGCAAAUACAAUACAAUUCCCCCAAAACAAAACAAAUCUAAGCAAGAAAUCAAGAAAUAACAAUCCAAGUAGAUACAGUUGAAGUCGUAAGUUUACAUACACCUUAGCCAAAAUAAAUUUCAACUCAGUUUUUCACAAUUCCUGACAUUUAAUCCUAGUAAAAAUUCCCUGUCUUAGGUCAGUUAGGAUCACCACUUUAUUUAAAAAAUGUGAAAUGUCAGAAUAAUAGUAGAGAGAAUUAUUUAUUUCAGCUUUUAUUUCUUUCAUCACAUUUCCAUUUUACAUUUACGUCAUUUAGCAGACGCUCUUAUCCAGAGCGACUUACAAAUUGGUGCAUUCACCUUAUAGCCAGUGGGAUAACCACUUUACAAUAUGUAUUUUUUAUUUUUAUUUAUUUUUGGGGGUGGGGUAAGGGGGGGUAGAAGGAUUACUUUAUCCUAUCCCAGGUAUUCCUUAAAGAGGUGGGGUUUCAAGUGUCUCCGGAAGGUGGUGAGUGACUCCGCUGUCCUGGCGUCAUGAGGGAGCUUGUUCCACCAUUGGGGUGUCAGAGCAGCAAACAGUUUUGACUGGGCUGAGCGGGAACUGUGCUUCCGCAGAGGUAGGGGGGCCAGCAGGCCAGAGGUGGAUGAACGCAAUGCCCUCGUUUGGGUGUAGGGACUGAUCAGAGCCUGAAGGUACGGAGGUGCCGUUCCCCUCACAGCUCCGUAGGCAAGCACCAUGGUCUUGUAGCAGAUGCGAGCUUCAACAUUCCCAGUGGGUCAGAAGUUUACAUACACUCAAUUAGUAUUUGGUAGCAUUGCCUUUAAAUUGUUUAACUUGGGUCAAACGUUUUGGGUAGCCUUCCACAAGCUUCCCACAAUAAGUUGGGUGAAUUUGGGCCCAUUCCUCCUGACAGAGCUGGUGUAACUGAGUCAGGAUUGUAGGCCUCCUUGCUCGCACAAGCUUUUUCAGUUCUGCCCACAAAUCUUCUAUAGGAUUGAGGUCAGGGCUUUGUGAUGGCCACUCCAAUACCUUGACUUUGAUGUCCUUAAGCCAUUUUGCCACAACAUUGAAAGUAUGCUUGGGGUCAUUGUCCAUUUGGAAGACCCAUUUGCGACCAAGCUUUAACUUCCUGACUGAUGUCUUGAGAUGUUGCUUCAAUAUAUCCACAUAAUUUUCCUUCCUCAUGAUGCCAUCUAUUUUGUGAAGUGCACCAGUCCCUCCUGCAGCAAAGCACCCCCACAGCAUGAUGCUGCCACCCCAGUGCUUCACGGUUGGGAUGGUGUUCUUCGGCUUGCAAACAACCCCCUUUUUCCUCCAAACAUAACAAUGGUCAUUAUGGCCAAACAGUUCUAUUUUUGUUUCAUCAGACCAGAGGACAUUUCUCAAAAAAGUACGAUCUUGUCCCCAUGUGCAGUUGAAAACCGUAGUCUGGCUUUUUUAUGGCGGUUUUGGGGCAGUGGCUUCUUCCUUGCUGAGCGGCCUUUCAGGUUAUGUCGAUAUAGGACUCGUUUUACUGUGGAUAUAGAUACUUUAGUACCUGUUUCCUCCAGCAUCUUCACAAGGUCCUUUUCUGUUGUUCUAGGAUUGAUUUGCACUAUUCGCACAAAAGUACGUUCAUCUCUAGGAGACAGAACGUGUCUCCUUCCUGAGCGGUAUGACGGCUGCGUGGUCCCAUGUUGUUUAUACUAGCGUACUAUUGUUUGUACAGAUGAACAUGGUACCUUCAGGCAUUUGGAAAUUGCUCCCAACGAUGAACCAGACUUGUGGAGGUCUACAUUUGCUAUUUAUUUAUUUUGAUUUUCCCAUGAUGUCAAGCAAAGAGGCACUUAGUUUGAAGGUAGGCCUUGAAAAACAUCCACAGGUACACCUCCAAUUGACUCAAAUUAUGUCAAUUAGCCUAUCAGAAGCUUCUAAAGCCAUGACAUCCUUUUCUGGAAUUUUCCAAGCUGUUUAAAGGCACAGUCAACUUAGUGUAUAUAAACUUCUGACCCACUGGAAUUGUGAUACAGUGAAUUAUAAGUGAAAUACUCUGUCUGUAAACAAUUGUUGGAAAAAUUACUUGUGUUAUGCACAAAGUAGAUGUCCUAACCGACUUGCCAAAACUAUAGUUUGUUAACAAGAAAUUUGUGGAGUGGUUGAAAAACUAGUUUUAAUAAAAAGAUAUAUAUUUUUGUGAUCCAAUUUACAUUUUAGUCAUUUAGCAGACGCUCUUAUCCAGAGCGACUUCCAAUUAGUGAGUGCAUACAUUUUUCAUACUGGCCCCCCGUGGGCCAACCUAAGUGUAUGUAAACUUCCGACUUCAACUGUAUAUUAGAGUGAGCAUGUGUGGGAAUCCAGAAUAUAAAUACGUGAUGUGUAUAGGCGGUAUUUAAUUUGGAAAAGGAAAUGGUAUGUACAGUAAUAGUAUUAGGAUGAGAAUACAAUAUAUACAGUGCAUUCGGGAACUAUUCAGACCCCUUCACUUUUUCCACAUUUUGUUACGUUACAGCCUUAUUCUAAAAUUGAUUGAAUUGUUUUUUUUCCCCCUCAUCAAUCUACACACAAUACCCCAUAACGACAAAGCAAAAAUGGGUUUUUAGAAAAUAAAAAAAUGUCACAUUUACAUAAGUAUUCAGACCCUUUACUCAGUACUUUGUUAAAGCACCUUUGCCAGCGAUUACAGCCUCGAGACUUCUUGGGUAUGACACUACAAGCUUGGCACACCUGUACAGUGGCUUGCAAAGGUAUUCACCCCCCUUGGCAUUUUUCCUAUUUUGUUGCCUUACAACCUGGAAUUAAAAUUGAUUUUUGGGGGGUUUAUAUAAUUUGAUUUACACAACAUGCCUACCACUUUGAAGAUGCAGAAUAUUUUUUAUUGUGAAAAAAAAACAAGAAAUAAGACCAAAAAAAUGCAUAACUAUUCACCCCCCCCAAAGUCGAUACUUUGUAGAGCCACCUUUUGCAGCAAUUAUAGCUGCAAGUCUCUUGGGGUAUGUCUCUAUAAGCUUGGCACAUCUAGCCACUGGGAGUUUUGCCCAUUCUUGAAGGCAAAACUGAUCCAGCUCCUUCAAGUUGGAUGGGUUCCACUGGUGUGCAGCAAUCUUUAAGUCAUACCACAGAUUCUCAAUUGGAAUGAGGUCUGGGCUUUGACUAGACCAUUCCAAGACAUUUAAAUGUUUCCCCUUGAACCACUUGAGUGUUGCUUUAGCAGUAUGCUUAGGGCCAUUGUCCUGCUGGAAGGUGAACCUCCGUCCCAGUCUCAAAUCUCUGGAAGACUGAAACAGGUUUCCCUCAAGAAUUUUCCUGUAUUUAGCGCCAUCCAUCAUUCCUUUAAUUCUGACCAGUUUCCCAGUCCCUGCCGAUGAAAAACAUCCCCACAGCAUGAUGCUGCCACCACCAUGCUUCACUGUGGGGAUAGUGUUCUCGGGGUGAUGAGAGGUGUUGGGUUUGCGCCAGACAUAGCGUUUUCCUUGACGGCCAAAAAGCUAAAUUUUUGUCUCAUCUGACCAGAGUACCUUCUUCCAUAUGUUUGGGGAGUCGCCCACUUGCCUUUUGGCGAACACCAAACGUGUUUGCUUAUUUUUUUCUUUAAGCAAUGGCUUUUUUCUGGCCACUCUUCCAUAAAGCCCAGCUCUGUGGAGUGUACUGUGGUCCUAUGGACAGAUACACCAAUCUCCGCUGUGGAGCUUUGAAGUUCCUUCAGUGUUAUCUUUGGUCUCUUUGUUGCCUCUCUGAUUAAUGCCCUCCUUGCCUGGUCUGUGAGUUUUGGUGGGCGGCCCUCUUUUGGCAGGUUUGUCGUGGUGCCAUAUUCUUUCCAUUUUUUAAUAAUGGAUUCGUGGGAUGUUCAAAGUUUCUGAUUUUUUUUUAUAACCCAACCCUGAUCUGUACUUCUCCACAACUUUGUCCCUGACCUGUUUGGAGAGCUCCUUGGUCUUCAUGGUUGCCACUUGCUUGGUGGUGCCCCUUGCUUAGUUGUGUUGCAGACUCUGGGGCCUUUCAGAACAGGUGUAUAUAUGCUGAGAUCAUGUGACACUUAGAUUGCACACAGGUGGACUUUAUUUAACUAAUUAUGUGACUUCUGAAGGUAAUUGGUUGCACCAGAUCUUAUUUAUAUAUUUUGAUUUAGAUUUUUUUUUUAACAAGUUAUGUUUUUCAUUUCACUUCACCAAUUUGGCUAUUUUGUGUAUGUCCAUUACAUGAAAUCCAAAUAAAAAUCCAUUUAAAUUACAGGUUGUAAUGCAACAAAAUAGGAAAAACGCCAAGGGGGAUGAAUACUUUUGCAAUGCACUAUAUUUGGGGAGUUUCUCCCAUUCUUCUCUGCAGAUCCUCUCAAGCUCUGUCAGGUUGGAUGGGGAGCGUCACUGCACAGCUAUUUUCAGGUCUCUCCAGAGAUGUUCGAUCGGGUUCAAGCCUGGGCUCUGGCUGGGCCACUCAAGGACAUUCAGAGACUUGUCCCGAAGCCACUCCUGCGUUGUCUUGGCUGUGUGCUUAGGGUCAUUGUCUUGUUGGAAGGUGAACCUUCGCCGCAGUCUGAGGUCCUAAGUGCUCUGGAGCAGGUUUUCAUCAAGGAUCUCUCUGUACUUAGCUCCAUUCAUCUUUCCCUUGAUGUUGACUAGUCUCCCAGUCCCUGCAACUGAAAAACAUCCCCACAGCAUGAUGCGGCCACCACCAUGCUUCACCGUAGGGAUUGUGCCAGGUUUCCUCCAGAUGUGACGCUUGGCAUUCAGGCCAAAGAGUUCAAUCUUGGUUUCAUCAGACCUGAGAAUCUUGUUUCUAAUGGUCUGAGAGUCCUUUAGGUGCCUUUUGGCAAACUCCAAGCGGGCUGUCAUGUACCUUUUACUGAGGAGUUGCUUCCGUCUGGCCACUCUACCAUAAAGGCCUGAUUGGUGGAGUGCUGCAGAGAUGGUUGUCCUUCUGGAAGGUUUUCCCAUCUCCACAGAGGAACUCUGGAGCUCUGUCAGAGUGACAAUCGGGUUCUUGGUCACCUCCCUGACCAAGGCCAUUCUCCCUCGAUUGCUCAGUUUGGCCGGGCGGCCAGCUCUAGGAGGAGUCUUGAUGGUUCCAAACUUCUUCCAUUUAAGAAUGUUGGAGGCCACUGUGUUCUUGGGGACCUGCAAUGCUGCAGACAUGUUUUGGUACCCUUCCCCAGUCUGUGCCUCAACACAAACCUGUCUCGGAGCUCUACGGACAAUUCCUUCGACCUCAUGGCUUGGUUUUUGCUGUGACGUGCACUGUCAACUGUGGGACCUUAUAUAGACAGGUGUGUGACUUUCCAAAUCAUGUCCAAUCAAUUUAAUUUACCACAGGUGGACUCCAAUCAAGUUGUAGAAACAUCUCAAGGAGUGGAGAGUUUUGCAGUGGUCUAAGGCAGUGCUAGCUGUGCCACUAGAGAUCCUGGUUCCUAUCCAGGCUCUGUCGUAGCCGGCCGUGACCGGGAGACCCAUGGGGCAGCGCACAAUUGGCCCAGCGUCGUCCAGGGUAGGGGAGGGAAUGGCCGGCAGGGAUGUAGCUCAGUUGUUAGAGCAUGGCGUUUGCAACGGCAAAUGAAUACAUUUGAAAAAAAUCUAAAAAUCUGUUUUCACUUUGACUUUAUGGGGUAUUGUGUGUAGAUUCAUGAAGAAAAUGUUUUAUUUAAUCAAUUUUAGAAUAAGGCUGUAACGUAACGAAAUGUGGAAAAAGUGAAGGGUUCUGAAUACUUUCUGAAUGGACUGUACAUACAGAGUGACUAAACAACAGUAUAUAUGUGGUGACCAGCGUUCACUGACUCUAUACAUGGGGCAUUAGUCUUAAGGUGCAGGGCUGAGUAUCUGGCAGGUAGCCGGCUAGUGAUGGCUGUUCAACAGUGUGAUGGCCUGGUGAUAGAAGCUGUUUCUCGGUCCCGGCUCUGAUGCACCUGUACCGUCUCUGUCUGCUAGAUGGUAGCAGAGUGAACAGACCGUGGCUCGGGUGGCUGAGGUCCUUAAUGAUCUUCUUGGCCUUCCUUUAAAUGUCCUGGAGGGCAGGCAGCGUGCCCCCGUUGAUGUGUUUGGCUGACCGCACCACCCUCUGGAGAGCCAUGCGGUUGAAGGUGGUGCAGUUGCCGUACCAGGCGGUGAUUCAGCCCGACAGAAUGCUCUCAAUGGUGCAUAUGUAGAAGUUUGUGAGGGGCUAGGGGUGUGACUGUUAAAACAUUUCAACGAAAUUGGGAUCCUUAACGUUAAGAAAAAUUCCAAACCGUAAAACAAUGUUUUUAUUACAUGUUUUACGUAGAUGCAGAAAAUAAACAGCAUAGUCAGUCAAUUUCCACAACAACUAAGAGCAUUCAGGUCCUCAGUGAUGUGCACGCCAAGGAACUUGAAGCUUUUGACCCUCUCCACUGCGGCCCUGUCAAUGUGGAUGGCGGCGUGCUGCCUCUUCUGUCUCCUGUAGUCCACGAUCAGCUCCUUCGUUUUUUUUUUAAAUGUUGAGUGAGAGGUUAUUUUUCUCGUUGUUGUUGGUAAUCCGGCCUACCACUGUUGUGUCGUCAGAAAACUUGAUGAUUGAGUUGGAGUCAUGCGUAGCCACGCAGUCAUGGGUGAACAGGGAGUAUAGGAGGGGGAUAAGCAUGCACCCCUGUGGGGCCCCCGUGUUGAGGACCAGCGUGGCGGAGGUGUUGUUGCAUAACAUCAACACGUGGGGUCGGCCCGUCAGGAAGUCUAGGACCCUGUUGCACAGGGCGGGAUUCAGACCCAGGGCCCUGAGCUUAGUGAUGAGCUUGGAGGAUACUAUGGUGUUGAAGCAGUGCUGUAGUCAAACAGCAUUCUCACAUAGGUAUUCCUCUUGUCCAGGUGGGAUAGGGCCAUGUGCUGUGCAACGGCGAUUGCAUCGUCCGCGGAUCUCUUGGGGCGGUAUGCAAAUUGUAGUGGGUCUAGGUUGUCGGGUAAGGUGGAGGUGAUAUGGUCCUUGACUAGACUCUCAAAGCACUUCGUAAUGAGAGAGGUGAGUGCUACGGGGUGAUAGUCAUUUAGUUAAGUUACCUUAGCUUGCUUGGGUACAGGAACAAUGGUGGACAUCUUGAAGCAAGUGGGGACAACAGACUGGGAUAGGGAGAGGUUGAAUAUGUCCGUAAAGGUAACGCACACACACAACAAGAUGGCUUUCAAAACAAACUAUGUGUCAGCAUCUUUUAGCCCACAAUAGGGACGAUUUCCCAAAUAUUACCGCAGAGUUAAAGGGCUAACAUUCUACUACAUUGUCUACCAGGGUUGAAUACGGUUAAACUGUCAGUUGCUAACAGCUCUCUGUGUGUGCUUCUUACAUUUGUAGCUGGUGGAGAAGAAUUUGGGCUUUGACACCCGAACCACUGUUCUGGGACACGUGCAGAGAGGCGGCACUCCCUCAGCCUUCGACAGAAUCCUAGUAGGUCUCUCUCUGUCUGUGCGUAUGAGCAUGUCUAAAUGUGUGAUGUGUGUGUGUGUGUGUGUUCUCCCCCCUCCCCAUGGCAGCAGGAUGGGUGUGGAGGUGGUCAUGGCUCUGUUGGUGUGUCUUUGUGUCUCUCUAACUACAGUGUGUCGUGAUUAUGUUUGACCGUGAUGUGUGUAUCUAACCCUGGGUGUGUUAUCCUCUAGGGCAGCAGGAUGGGUGUGGAGGCUGUGAUGGCCCUGUUGGAGGCCACUCCAGAGACCCCAGCCUGUGUGGUCAGUCUGUCCGGUAACCAGGCCGUCAGGCUGCCCCUCAUGGAGUGUGUCCAAGUGGUCAGUAUCAGUCACUGUUGUAUUUGUGCCAUUCAAAUGGGUUCAUCAUAGAUCUGAGCACUUGUGCUAUCAAUUCAACAAUAAUUUAAUUGACUACUAAAGGGUUUUGAUUAUUAUAUGGCAGAGAAAAACAAUGACAUGGACUGAGAUGACAGAUGAUUCAACUUCUAUUUAAAUUUGCAUUAAUGAUCUCUCGCUCUCGCUCUCGCUCUCUCUCUCUCUCUCCCCCCACCCCUCCCCCUCCCCCUCAGACUAAGGAUGUGACUACUGCCAUGGCUGAGAAGAGAUGGGAGGACGCUAUCAAGCUCAGAGGAAAGUAAGAACACUACCCUACUUUUGCCACUCUUACAAUGGCUUCACUAUUACUGAAAUUACUCACUCUGAUGUCACAUAUUAACUUUAUCACAGUCUACUAACACAUCACUGUUUUGUCGGCCCUGUCCAGGAGCUUUGAAAACAACUGGAACACAUACAAGAUGCUGGCACACAUCAACCCUCCAGAUACCAAGGUGGGGAACAACAGCUACACAAUGAACACGAGUUUUGUUAAAUUAGUUAAGACUCUAGCACUGACAGAAAUGUGUCACCAUUCUCUUCUUGUCACCUCUCCUCUCUACCUCUCCUCUCCUCCUCUUCUCUCCACCUCUCCUCUCCACAUCUCCUCCUCACUUCUCCUCUCCACCUCUCCUCCUCUCGUCCUCUCCAGAGCAACAUUAACGUGGCUAUAGUAAACAUUGGUGCUCCAUGUGCUGGUAUGAAUGCUGCAGUGCGUUCUGCGGUGAGGAUCGGCAUCAUUCAGGGACACAACAUGUUGGCCGUUCAUGAUGGGUUCGAGGGUCUCGCUCAAGGAAAGGUAUAUACACCCUACGCACUAUGCAUUGCGUACUAGGCAAAGCCCAUUCCUCUCAGCCAAAACUCCUCUUUUUAGCAGGGCCAGUAUUCAUAAAGCGUCUCAGAGUAGGAGUGCUGAUCUAGGGAUCAGGUCCCUUUUGUCCAUGCAACAUCUAAAAGGCUCAACUGAUCCUAGAUCAGCACUCUUGGAUACUUUGUGAGUAAAGAUCCAGGUCAUCUAUAAUCUAAAUAUAGAACAAGUGUGGCCUGGUACCAGAAGAGGCUGGUAGGAGGAGCUAUGGGAGGACGGUAUCGAACAUAUGGAAACCACGUUUGACUCCGUUCCAAUGGUUCCAUUCCAGCCAUUACAAUGAACCCGUCCUCCUAUAGCUCCUCCCAGCAGCCUCCUCUGCCUGGUACAGUAACUCUUGUCUGAACAUGGAAACCUCACUCCUUUGACCCCUUGACUUUGUUGUCUUCCACAGAUCGAGCCUAUCACCUGGACUGGAGUUUCAGGCUGGACUGGGAAGGGGGGCUCUGAGUUGGGCACCAAGAGGUACUACAAUAGACCUAUUUUACUACUCAGAAUGAUUAUAGUUUGUAUUGUCAGCAGGGGUGGAACUGAGGGGAACACAAAACUCAUUUUGACAUGUAAAAUUAUUUUGGGGGCAGUGAUACGGUAUAUCACUGAUGUUUCACUCAACUAACUAAAUCUUCCAUUAUUUGAAGAGUCCUUCCUUCUAAGUACAUUGAGGAAAUCAGCUUGACUAUCGCUAAGUUCAAUAUCCACUCUCUGGUGAUCAUUGGAGGGUUUGAGGUAAGAGUCAGAAGAUUAUCUCAUCACAUGCAUGUCUUCUUUAAUAUGUGGUUGUCUUACCUACUUUUAGAACAUUGACUUGUGAUUGUAAGUCAUCCUGGAUAAGAGAAUUUGAUAAAUGACUAAAGUGUAAAUGUAAUGUCUAUGUGGAACCUCACAUGUAACUACAAAAGACACAUAACCCCAGUACCUCAGUAGUGUAACCCCUGCUGCUCUCCCCCUCCUCUCGCCUUUCCUUCCCUCCCCUCUCCCAGGCGUAUAUGGGUGGUCUGGAGCUGGUGCAGGGCAGAGAUAAGUAUGAAGAGCUGUGCAUUCCCAUGGUGGUCAUCCCCGCCACUGUCUCCAACAACGUCCCCGGUUCAGACUUCAGCAUCGGAGCUGACACAGCCCUCAACACCAUCACCUCGGUCAGUACCGUAACACCAUCGCCUCGGUCAGUACCGUAAUACAUCAACACCAUCGUCUCGAUCAGUACCGUAAUACAUCAACACCAUCACCAUAAGUAACACCAACACCUGGGUCAUGUUCAGUAGGGAGAAAACCAUUUUUAAACUGGAACAGGGAGGUGCUGCUGUACCUGAACUUGUCCCACAAAAACACAGAUGUUAAUGGCCCAGCUCAAUAACAGUUAGGGCACAUGGCCUACUCUAAACCAUAACCUCCACAUUCUGUACAGAGCAUGUGAGCGUUGAGUGGUUGGAAAUCCCGCUCAUCGCUCAUGGAGCGGUGCGCAAGCUCCUGCACUCCAUGCCCUUUCCAACCGCUCUGCACUCACAGGAAAAAAGAACUGCAGCUCCAAAUUCGCUUGAUUCAUUAAAAUCACAAUUUAACCAACACCCAUCUAUUUUUGUGACUACCUGGACCUACCAAUUGGUUUUGAAGUAUUGAAACCAAACCAUAUGGAUUUAAAUGAAAAGUAUUUGAAUAAACAUGAAAAUGUGAAUGUAAGAAGCACACAUCAUUUCAAAUAGGCUACAUGUCAUAUUAAACAGCAUAUAAACACAUUAAAUAGGUCAGGAGCCAGACAGGGAGCCUAAGAAGGAAGGAAAGAUAAUUCAUUAUUUAGGCUAUAUUAUUUCAAUUAUUUCAAGGCUAUAGCCUACAAAGAAAUACAUAGUGAAGCAUUUGCAGUGCGACACAGUAGGCUGGUAGGGACAUAAAGGGCUCAGUAUUUAAACCACAUUUCGUUGUAUUAAAUCAUUAUAUUCUAUAAAUUGCGCAUAUACAGUUGUGGUCAAACCUUUUGAGAAUGACACAAGUAUUGGUCUUCCACAAAGUGUCGCUUGGCUUUAGGGACAGCUCAGUAUUUAAACCACAUUUUUUUAUUAAUUAUGAAUUCUAAGAAAUUCGCAUAUCAUGUGGUCAGAGAUGACAAAAUGGUCUUCCAAUGGUGUUAUGAGAUAUUUUGUCCGAUGUAACUAAUACGAAUAUAAUUACAAGGACUCCAUAAGUGUCAAAGGCUUUUAUUGACAAUUACAUUAAGUUUAUGCAAAGAAUCAAUAUUUGUAGUGUUGUCCCUUCUUUUUCAAGACCUCUGCAAUCCGCCCUGGCAUGCUGUCAAUUAACUUCUGGGCCACAUCCUGACUGAUGGCAGCCCAUUCUUGCAUAAUCAAUGCUUGGAGUUUGUCAGAAUUUGUGGGUUUUUGUUUGUCCACCUGCCUCUUGAGGAUCGACCACAAGUUCUCAAUGGGAUUAAGGUCUGGGGAGUUUCCUGGCCAUCGACCCAAAAUGUUGAUGUUUUGUUCCCCAAGCCACUUAGUUAUCACUUUUGCCUUAUGGCAAGGUGCUCCAUCAUGCUGGAAAAGGCAUUGGUCGUCACCAAACUGUUCUUGGAUGGUUGGGAGAAGUUGCUCUCUGAGGAUGUGUUUUGUACCAUUCUUUAUUCAUGGCUGUGUUCUUAGGCAAAAAUGUGAGUGAGCCCACUCCCUUGGCUGAGAAGCAACCCCUCACAUGAAUGGUCUCAGGAUGCUUUACUGUUGGCAUGACACAGGACUGAUGGUAGCGCUCACCUUGUUUUCUCCGGACAAGGUGUUUUCCGGAUGCCCCAAACAAUCGGAAAGGGGAUUCAUCAGAGAAAAUGACUUUACCCCAGUCCUCAGCAGUCCAAUCCCUGUACCUUUUGCAGAAUAUCAGUCUGUCCCUGAUGUUUUUCCUGGAGAGAAGUGGCUUCUUUGCUGCCCUUCUUGACACCAGGCCAUCCUCCAAAAGUAUUUGCCUCACUGUGCGUGCAGAUGCACUCACACCUGCCUGCUGCCAUUCCUGAGCAAGCUCUGCACUGGUGGUGCCCCGAUCCCGCAGCUGAAUCAACUUUAGGAGACGGUCCUGGCGCUUGCUGGAUUUUCUUGGGCGCCCUGAUACCUUCUUCACAACAAUUGAACGUCUUUCCUUGAAGUUCUUGAUGAUCCGAUAAAUGGUUGAUUUAGGUGCAAUCUUACUAGCAGCAAUAUCCUUGCCUGUGAAGCCCUUUUUGUGCAAAGCAAUGAUGACGGCACAUGUUUCCUUGCAGGUAACCAUGGUUAACAGAGGAAGAACAAUGAUUUCAAGCACCACCCUCCUUUUAAAGCUUCCAGUCUGUUAUUCUAACUCAAUCAGCAUCACAGAGUGAUCUCCAGCCUUGUCCUCGUCAACACUCUCACCUGUGUUAACGAGAGAAUCACUUACAUGAUGGCAGCUGGUCCUUUUGUGGCAGGGCUGAAAUGCAGUGGAAACAUUUUUUGGGGAUUAAGUUCAUUUUCAUGGCAAAGAGGGACUUUGCAAUUAAUUGCAAUUCAUCUGCUCACUCUUCAUGACAUUCUGGAGUAUAUGCAAAUUGCCAACAUCAAAACUGCGGCAGCAGACUUUGUGAAAAUUAGUAUUUGUGUAAUUCUCAAAACUUUUGACCACGACUGUAGGUUGUGACUUACUUAGAAUUAAAUACAAAUUAAACAAAAAAUGACUUAUUGUCUUUGAAUUUUUUUAGAAACAAGAGUUUGGCCAGUCUGUGGCUUCAGGCUCAUGCGAUGGUGCAUGGAGAGCAGGCCAGCAGCCGAGAAUAUCCUCUCCGUGUUUGCAGAGCCACUGGGGAUGCUAAACACCCUUUUGGCCACUCUUGCCAGGCUGGGCAGGGAUGCAGAGUUGUUUUUUUAUAUUUCUAUAGGCAGGCCUAAAGGUUUUUAGGCAAAAUAACCCAAUCAAAACGGAAAGGUCCUUUAAUGUUGGAAUAUGCCAGGCCUAUUGGACCAAAAUCAAUGAUGGCCUGUUGUAUAGAUAAUAGAACAAAAAUGAACGAAACGUUUAAGAGAUCUGAUUUUUAAGUUAUAAAUACUUUGCCACAAUGACACACUUAGUUAUCUACCCACCUCGUUCCUUUCUUUUAGCAUGUGCUCGUAGUAAGUACAUCAUCAUGCUUUCGGGAUACAUGUCUCUUCAGAUUCCACAAUGAUUCUUUAGUUGUGGACAUUACAUUACAGCACUCCCUCUCUUGCUCUUGGUCCUCAUCUUUGUAAGUUACCUUGAUUUAGCACCUGUGUGUUUUCUCAGUUUCUUUAUGAAAAAUAUUUAGCGAACUUCAUGACAGUAGAUAAAGCAAGGGGCUAUAGCAGCACAAGUAGACUACAAAUGCAUGCUGGGCCGGGCAUGUCCUGUGCUCGUGAAGUGAGCGCUACUUGGAUUGGCACUGGAGCGAAAUUGGAGUGGGCGAGAAAGCCGACGCUCCAGCUUUUGGGAAUCUCGCUCCACGCUCCAGUCAAAUUGGGCAUGCUCCGCUCCUUGCUCUGCUCCAGCUCCACUCAGCUCACAUACUCUGAUGCUGUAAAAUUGUCCGUCUCCCCCUCUUACCCCCUCUCUCCUUUCUAUUCCCUGUCCCCUCAGACCUGUGACAGGAUCAAGCAGUCAGCAGCAGGCACCAAGCGUCGUGUGUUCAUCAUUGAGACCGCGGGAGGGUACUGUGGUUACCUGGCUACCAUGGCAGGUCUGGCUGCUGGGGCUGAUGCUGCAUAUAUCUUUGAGGAAGAUUUUUGUAUUAGAGACCUGGAGGUGAGCUGAAGCUGGAUACACACUUUCUUGCAGUUUCUCUCUCUCUCUCUCUCUCUCUCUCUGUCUCUCUCUGUCUUUCUCUGUCUCUCUCUGUCUCUCUCUCACGACGCCAGGACAGCGGAGUCACUCUCUCUGUCUCUGCGGUGGGGUAAGGGGGGGUUACUUUAUCCUAUCCCAGGUAUUCCUUAAAGAGGUGGGGUUUCAAGUGUCUCCGGAAGGAGGUGAGUGACUCCGCUGUCCUGGCGUCGUGAGGGAGCUUGUUCCACCAUUGGGGUGCCAGAGCAGCGAACAGUUUUGACUGGGCUGAGCGGGAACUGUGCUUCUGCAGAGGUAGGGGGGCCAGCAGGCCAGAGGUGGAUGAACGCAAUGCCCUCAUUUGGGUGUAGGGACUGAUCAGAGCCUGAAGGUACGGAGGUGCCGUUCCCCUCACAACUCCGUAGGCAAGCACCAUGGUCUUGUAGCAGAUGUGAGCUUCAACUGGAAGCCAGUGGAGUGUGCGGAGGAGCGGGGUGAUGUGAGAGAACUUGGGAAGGUUGAACACCAGACGGGCUGUGGCAUUCUUGAUGAGUUGUAGGGGUUUAAUGGCACAGGCAGGGAGCCUAGCCAACAGCGAGUUGCAGUAAUCCAGACGGGAGAUGACAAGUGCCUGGAUUAGGACCUGUGCCGCUUCCUGUGUAAGGCAGGGUCGUACUCUCCGAAUGUUGUAGAGCAUGAACCUACAGGAUCGGGUCACCGCCUUGAUGUUAGCGGAGAACGACAGGGUGUUGUCCAGGGUCACGCCAAAGCUCUUCGCACUCUGGGAGGAGGACACAACGGAGUUGUCAACCGUGAUGGCGAGAUCAUGGAACGGGCAGUCCUUCCCCGGGAGGAAGAGCAGCUCCGUCUUGCCGAGGUUCAGCUUGAGGUGGUGAUCCGUCAUCCACACUAAUAUGUCUGCCAGACAUGCAGAGAUGCGAUUCGCCACCUGGUUAUCAGAAGGGGGAAAGGAGAAGAUUAGUUGUGUGUCAUCUGCGUAGUAAUGAUAGGAGAGGUCAUGUGAGGAUAUGACAGAGCCAAGUGACUUGGUGUAUAGCGAGAAUAGGAGAGGGCCUAGAACUGAGCCCUGGGGGACACCAGUGGUGAGAGCACGUGGUGCGGAGACAGAUUCUCGCCACGCCACUUGGUAGGAGCGACCGGUCAGGUAGGACGCAAUCCAAGAGUAAGCCGCGCCGGAGAUGCCCAACUCGGAGAGGGUGGAGUGGAGGGACUGAUGGUUCACAGUAUCAAAGGCAGCAGACAGGUCUAGAAGGACAAGAGCAGAGGAGAGAGAGUUAGCUUUAGCAGUGCGGAGAGCCUCCGUGACACAGAGAAGAGCAGUCUCAGUUGAAUGACCUGUCUUGAAACCUGACUGGUUUGGAUCAAGAAGGUCAUUCUGGGAGAGAUAGCAAGAGAGUUGGCUAAAGACGGCACGCUCAAUAGUUUUGGAGAGAUGGAGAGAUGGUACAAAUGUGUGCUGACCGACUGGCUCUGGUUUACAGAUGAAUGUAGAGCAUCUCGUGCAGAAGAUGAAGACAGACGUAAAGAGAGGUUUGAUUCUCAGGUGGGGUUCAUUCAAGCAUUCGUUCAUUCAUUUCAUUAUCUACUAUGGUUGUACCUUUCCAAAACACAAACUUGCUCUCUUUCUCGAGUGAGAACUGCCACUUCAACAAUAUAUAUACAUUACAUUCAUGUUUAGAUCUAAUCUGUACACCUUUUGAUUAUUCCUCUGUGUAUCAGGAAUGAGAACUGCAAUGCCAACUAUACCACAGACUUCAUCUUUGCCCUGUACUCUGAGGAGGGCAAGGGCAUCUUUGACUGCCGCAAGAACGUGCUGGGACACAUGCAACAGGUCUGUUAACAUUGACAAGUCUGCAUCCCAAAUGGCACCCUAUUAGAAGUAGUAGAAGAGUGUCCCUAAUAUUGUAGCUUUACUAGAACAUACAGUACGUCGACUUUAGAUGUAGUAAUACUCCUGAGUGGCGCAGUGGUCUAAGGCACUGCAUCGCAGUGCUAACUGUGCCACUAGAGAUCCUGGUUCGAAUCCAGGCUCUGUCGCAGCCGGCUGCGACCGGGAGACUCAUGGGCGGCGCACAAUUGGCCCAGCGUCGUCCAGGGUAGGGGAGGGAAUAGCCGGCAGGGAUGUAGCUCAGUUGAUAGAGCAUGGCGUUUGCAACGCCAGGGUUGUGGGUUCGAUUCCCACGGGGGGCCAGUAUAAAAAAAAAAAAUGUAUUCACUAACUGUAAGUCGCUCUGGAUAAGAGCGUCUGCUAAAUGACUAAAAUGUAAAUGUAAAUGUACAACCUUCCCUUUCCCCAGGGCGGCACCCCAACACCUUUCGACAGGAACUUUGGCACCAAGAUGGGUUCCAAGGCUGUUCUGUGGAUAACAGAGAAACUCAAGGAGGUCUAUAGACACGGUAAGACAGACAGGCUAUGGGAUGUCAACAAAUAGCCCAUGUGUCUCAGUGGCAAUUGUAAUGUACACAUAGGUAGAAGAUAGGACGGUAAAAAAAUUAUACCAAAUUGUCUGUUGUAUCCCUUGCUUUAAUCUCGGAAACCCAGAACUAAAAUAUUGCGUAAUUGCGUCAGAUGUUCGAUUAACUUCUGGGGGCAGACGUGUUAGAAAAAAUACUAGAAUGAGGAGCUGAAGCAGGAUGGUAGCUCCACCCCCCUCUCUCUGCAUGUUUCGGGCAAGUCUAUGGGCCAAAUGUCCCCUCCUCUUCCGAAAUUUGAAAGAUACGAACACCUGCGAAAUUGUGAUUUGUGCAAUGAUCAGUGGUGUAGAAAAUCUGCCAGACAGACGCUACGAUACCAUCCUAUGUUACGUGCAUUUGUCCUCGUGAGAUUACCCCUGCUUUUACUUGACUUCACAGUAAUAUCAUAUACUUGGUUUUAAAUAUGUGUCUCUGUGACAGUUAAUAAUCUUCUUCUCCUGUCCUCCAGGUCGUAUCUUCGCUAACACCCCAGACUCUGCCUGUGUGCUGGGCAUGAAGAAGAGAGCACUGACCUUCCAGCCUCUUGCUGAGCUAAAGGAACAGACAGACUUUGAGUAAGAUCCUUUAAAUCAUAUACAUAUUUUCAAAGAGAAAAUCUAUGAAGCUUAAUUUGAAAGUUGCAGUUGCUGAUUAUUCUAUAAUAAUAUAAUAUUUGCCAUUUAGCAGAUGCUUUUAUCCUAAGUGACUUAGUCAAGUGUGCAUCUAUUUUACAUAUGGGUGGUCCCAGGAAUCGAUCCCACUACCCUGGCAUUACAAGCGCCAUGCUCUACCAACUGAGCCACAAAGGACCACUUUUUAUAUUGGCCUUGUCCAGACAUAAACCCUAGCACCUGUUAUCACCAUAUUGCUAUCCAAUCCUCUCAGAUCUCCAUAAGUGUCUAGAGGUAAGGGCUAGGGGUUGUUUCUGGACAUGGCCAAAAUCUCCCCAACAUUCCUAUUAACGCUUCUCUACCCCCCUCUGCUGUCCUGUCCAGGCACCGCAUCCCCAAGACAUCGUGGUGGCUGAAACUGAGGCCAAUCAUGAAGAUCCUUGCUAAAUACAACAUCAGCCUGGACACAUCUGAGCAUGCCCACAUGGAGCAUGUGAUCAAGAAGAGGGUGUCGCUGCCUGCGCCACUCAUGAACAAGGCAUCCCCCCCCCAGAAACACUAGGAGGAAGAGUAAUUUUUCUGUUACAUGCAUGUCAGUGGAGGCUGGUGGGAGGAGCUAUAGGAGGAUGGGCUCAUUGUAAUGGCUGGAAUUAAAUAAAUGGAACAGUAUUAAACACAAAUAUAUGGAAACCACGUUUGACUCCAUUCCAUUUAUUCCAUUCCAGCCACUACAAUGGGCCGUCCUCCUAUAGCUCUUCCCACCAGCCGCCUCUGAUGUAUGUCUAUAUCAGGGGUCUCCAACAGGUCAAUUGUGAGCAGCCCAUCUAUGAGUAGCUCACCAAAUAGUAAUGAAAAAUACAUGCACUUUCCGAAUUGUUUAAAGUCAUAGUCUUGUGUGAUCAUUUCAGCACCGUUUUGAUUGGGACAGCGCCAUCGCGCUGAUUUGCGUCAAGUGUGGGGGACUCCUCUUGAUAAAUCAAUCAAUGUCAGAUGUUUGUUUUCACUGAAUCUCAGUUUGGAUAUUUGGCAACAAUUAGGCUGGGAAAAUGGUAGCUAAGUUGAAGUGAGUGAUUUUGUUUCACUGAAUUUCCGUCUGUAUAUUUGCUUAAUUGAUCUCUGGCUGGGCAAGUGGAUGUGGUGGUUCAUUUAUUCGUUUGAUCAUCCAUCACUGAUCAGAAGCAUUUAGCAUGCAACAAUAUAGCCUAAAUCAUGUGUAUUAUUUUGCUCGACUCACCACGUAGCAGCCUUAUAUAAUCAAUCCACCAUCAAGCUGUGAGCGCAGCGUCCUGUUUUAUGUCUUAAUUGAGCCUACUUCAAUAUAAUCAAUCAAUCAAUCAUUCAUUCAUACCAUUAGAUAACAUACGAGUCACUCUUGCCUUUAAAUACAAUCAAGCAUUUUAUUGUUAUUAUGUAGGACUAUAAUACUGGGCCGCGCGGUUGGGUUCGGCCUGAUAAUGAGAACUGUCGAGUAUCACACACCUCUACCUCCCGGCUACUAUCCAAUCAAAUCCACAUUGACAUUACCCCUAGUUAUUCACAAUUGUCUUAAAAACACAAACGUAACACUAUCUGUCAAUACAUUUACCGCAAUAUUGCCCCUGUAUGUCUGUGUGGUGUGCGCGUUUGCCUAUCAUUCACUUCGUAUAACCAGUUAGCGGUAAUGAUAACUUGUCUUCUGGGUAGACAGAACGACUUUCCCCAAAACCUUCUCAAUUAAAUGUCAACUGCAAACUAGGCUUACCUGGCAGAAUUAUAUCAUGAUUAUUUGUAUCAAUUGGGUGGACUUUUGAUUUGCAAACUCUGUUAUGACAUAUGCAGCUGCAAAAACAUUGCUAGACCAGCACAUUCCUCUCUCGCAAAAUGCGCAUUUAAAGGGGUAUUACACUCAAAUCAGAAUGUAUGUUUUUUUCCAGCCCUCAAAAAUGGUCUUCUGAUGUGAUUUAAACAUUGACAUGGAUUCAGAACAUCCAAUGUCAUUGUUUCUUUAUGAAUAAUUGUAAUUUUGAGUGAAAAAAAACAAAUACAAAUCCCAAACCAGGAAAAAAUAAAACAGAGAAAACUGAAUUCGGGAAAAUACAAGGAGUGCCUAUUUCAAAGCUAGGAAAACAAUUAUGAGUAGCUCACAUUUCAAAAUUUAAAGUAGCUCUCAUGCUAGAAAAGGUUGGAGACCCAUGGUCUAUAUGGAGUAGGAAGAGGAGGAGGAAGAGGAGGAGUCAUUCUUUGUUACACAUAUGCCUGUUUUUCAUGUAUGUUUCUGGUUGAAUGAAUCAUCUGAUUCAUAAACUAAACCAGAGCUACAUUCUUUCAUGCCUGUUGUCUUCUUUGUGGACUUACGUAUUCUCAUCUUUUUAAAUAUUUUUGGUCUUCUCAAACAUUUUUCCUUGCACUCUUUUUUUCAUUUCUCAAUCAGUUAACCAUGUGUGUGCUGCCCUGCUCUGGGAACUAGUUUUACAGCUUUUUCUUUGCGCUUCAAGAAUUAAACACGUUACAAUCUUGGCUCUUCUGAUUUACUUUGUGCAUGAUUAACAGCUCACUAAUUGUCAUGUAUUUCCUCUAAAAUACAAAUAAAUGUAUUGUCAAGACAUAAAAAUCAUAACCUAAUCUUUAAAAAAAACCAAGUUAAAUGCUUAUUGCUUUAAGUGAAGUACUGGCUUGCAGCCACGUCGCAAAAGUGAUAACUCUUUCGGCAUUCAUAAGCUAAAUGUAAUGCAAAAUGUGAUGUAAUGCAUAGGAAAGACACUCAAAGUGGCAAAUGUUCUCACUUCUUCUUACACAAUCUUGUCAAAGCUUGACCUCCCCUCCAAUACACAGACAAAACAACGUCAGGACUGCUUCUCCAUCACCCCUGACUAAUGUCACAUUGGUAUCUUCCAUAGGGCUACAUUUAUAACCAUCGCUGUUACUACGAUGUUGACUCAAUGCUACUAUGUUGACUACUAAUACUGGGAUCCCCCAGGAGGAGACCGAGAUAAAGGAGGUCAUGUGUUUUCGGUCACCUUGCACAGUAAAUGUCAAUAAGCAAAUAAUAAGUUGCAUGGACUCACUGUGUGCAAUAAUAUUGUUAAACAUGAUUUUUGAAUGACUACCUCAUCUCUGUACUCCACACAUACAAUUAUCUGUAAGCUCCCACAGUCGAGCAGUGAAUUUCAAACACAGAUUCAACCACAAAGACCAGGGAGGUUUUCCAAUGCAUCGCAAAGAAGGGCACCUAUUGGUAGAUGGGUAAAAAGAAAAAAACAGACAUUGAAUAUCCCUUUGAGCAUGGUGAAGUUAUUAAUACACUUUGCAUGGUGUAUCAAAACACCCAGUCACUACAAAGAUACAGGUGUCCUUCCUAACUCAGUUGCCGGAGAGGAAGGAAACCGCUCAGGGAUUUCACCAUUAGGCCAAUGGUGACUUUAAAACAGUUAUAGAGUUGAAUGGCUGUGAUAGCAGAAAACUGAGGAUGGAUAAUACUACCCUAAAUGACAGAGUGAGAAGAAGGAAGCCUGUACAGAAUAAAAAUAUUCCAAAACAUGCAUCCUGUUCGCAAUAAGGCACUAAAGCAAAACUGCAAAAAAUGUGUAGCUGGUGUCUGACAAUUUUUAGGGCCUUCCUCUGACACCGGCUGGUAUAGAGCUCCUGGAUGGCAGGGAGUUCGGCCCCAGUGAUGUACUGGGUCGAAGCCCUACCCUCUUUAGCGCGGAUAACAAGAAGUUGCCAUACCAAGCGGUGAUGCAGCAAGUCAAAAUGCUCUCGAUCAAAUCAAAUCAAAUCAAAUUUUAUUGGCCACAUGCGCCGAAUACAACAGGUGCAGACAUUACAGUGAAAUGCUUACUUAGAGCCCUUAACCAACAGUGCAUUUAUUUUUAACAAAAAAGUAAAAAUGUGAAUGGGGGUGUGCUCGGCCCUCCGUUUCCUGUAGUCCACGAUCAGCUCCUUUGUCUUGCUGAUGUUGAGGGAGAGGUUGUUGUCCUGGCAGGUCUCUGACCUCCUCCAUAUAGGCUGUUUCAUCAUCGUCGGUGAUCAGGCCUACCACAGUCGUGUCGUCAGCAAACUUCAUGAUGGUGUUGGGAGUUGUGCUCGGCCACACAGUCGUGGGUGAACAGGUAGUACAGGAGGGGACAGAGCAUGCACCCCUGAGGGGCCACCGUGUUGAGGAUCAGCGUGGCAGAUAUGUUGUUACCUACCCUUACCACCUUGGGGCGGCCCGUCAGGAAGUCAAGGAUCCAGUUGCAGAGGGAGGUGUUUAGUUCCAGGGUCCUUAGCUUAGUGAUGAGCUUUGAGGGCACUAUGGUGUUGAACGUUGCGCUGUGGUCAAUGAAUAGCAUUCUCACGUAGGUGUUCCUUUUGUCCAGGUGGGAAAGGGCAGUGUGGAGUGCAAUAGAGAUUGCAUCAUCUGUGGAUCUGUUGGGGUGGUAUGCAAAUUGGAGUGGGUCUAGGGUUUCUGGGAAAAUGGGGUUGAUGUGAGCCAUGACCUGCCUUUCAAAGCACUUCAUGGCUACAGACGUGAGUGCUACGGGUCGGUAGUCAUUUAGGCAGGUUACCUUAGUGUUCUUGGGCACAGGGACUAUGGUGGUCUGCUUGAAACAUGUUGGUAUUACAGACUCAGUCAGGGACAGGUUGAAAAUGUCAGUGAAGACACUUGCCUGUUGGUCAGCGCAUGCUCGGAGUACACGUCCUGGUAAACCGGCCUUGUGAAUGUUGACCUGUUUAAAGGUCUUACUCACAUUGGCUACAGAGAGCAUGAUCACACAGUCGUCCGGAACAGCUGAUGCUCUCAUGCAUGCUUCUGUGUUGCUUGCCUCGAAGCAAGCAUAGAAGUAAUUUAGCUCGAAUGGAAGGCUCAUGUCACUGGGCAGCUCGCGGCUCUGCUUCCCUUUGUAGUCCGUAAUAGUUUGCAAGCUCUGCCACAUUCGACGAGCGUUGGAGCCAGUGUAGUACGAUUCAAUCUUAGUCCUGUAUUGACGCUUUGCCUGUUUGAUGGUUCGUCCGAGGGCAUAGCGGGAUUUCUUAUAAGCGUCCGGGUUAGCGUCCCUCCCCUUGAAAGCGGCAACUCUACCCUUUAGCUCAGUGCGGAUGUUGCUUGUAAUCCAUGGCUUCUGGUUGGGGUAUGUACGUACGGUCACUGUGUUGACGACGUUAUCGAUGCACUUAUUGAUGAAGCCAGUGACUGAUGUGGGUGUACUCCUCAAUGGCAUCGGAAGAAUCCCUGGAACAUAUUCCAGUCUGUGCUAGCAAAACAGUCCUGUAGCUUAGCAUCUGCGUCAUCUGACCACUUCUGUAUUGAGUGAGUCACUGGUACUUCCUGCUUUAGUUUUUGCUUGUAAGCAGGAUCAGGAGGAUAGAAUUAUGGUCAGAUUUGCCAAAUGGAGGGCGAGGGAGAGCUUUGUACGCGUCUCUGUGUGUGGGGUAAAGGUGGUCUAGAGUUUUUCAUUCUCUGAUUGCACCUUUAACAUGCUGGUAGAAAUUAGGUAAACUGAUUUAAAUUUCCCUGCAUUAAAGUCCCCAGCCACUAGGGGCGCCACCUCUGGAUGAGCAUUUUCUUGUUCGCUUAUGGCCUUGUUCAGCUCGUUGAGUGUGGUCUUAGUGCCAGCAUCGGUUUGUGGUGGUAAAUAGACAGCUACGAAAAAUAUAGAUGAAAAGUCUCUUGGUAAAUAGUGUGGUCUACAGCUUAUCAUGAGAUACUCUACCUCAGGCGAGCAAAACCUUGAUACUUCCUUAAUAUUAGAUUUCGUACACCAGCUGUUAUUUACAAAUAUACACAGACCGCCACCCCUUGUCUUAUCGGAGGCAGCUGUUCUAUCUUGCCGAUGCCCCGAAAACACAGUCAGCUGUAUGUUAUCCAUGUCGUUGUUCAGCCACGACUCUGUGAAACAUAAGAUAUUAAUCAAUCAAUCAAAUGUUAUUUAUAAAGCCCUUUUUACAUCAUCAGAUGUCACAAAGUGCUACACAGAAACCCAGCCUAAAACCCCAAACAGCAAGCAAUGCAGAUGAAUUACAGUUUUAAUAUCCCGUUGGUAGGAUAUUCUUGAUCGGAGCUCAUCCAUUUUAUUAUCCAAUGAUUGCACGUUGGUAAUAGGACUGAUGGUAUAUAUUUAUCAUAUAUUAUGAUAAAUAGAUUUGAAACUUGUAUCUCAUUAUGGUAAAUGAUGAAAUAAGUAUACCCAGAUAUAAUUGUAAUGGCUUAGCAGAUAAUAACAAAAGAAGAACAAUAUUUACAUGGCUCCAAGAGAAGGAAUAUAAUAUAUAUUGUUUACAGGAAACUCAUUCAACAAUUUUAGAUGAAGUUGUGUGGGAAAAGGACUGGGGGGGCGAAAUAUACUUCUCCCAUGGGCAAAGAAACUCAAAAGGGGUGAUGAUAUUAAUUAACAGUAAUUUUGAUCUGAAUGUGCAAAUUGUCCGAACAGAUCCGCAAGGUAGAUGGAUGAUUUUAAAUAUGUCUUUGGACCAUAAACAGAUAUGGCUCGUUAACCUUUACGGACCAAAUAAUGAUGAUCCACGCUUCUUUGAAAAUAUAUAUAAUAUAUGAUCAACCCUGCAAGCAAUAAAAUACUCUAUUAUUAUGGUGGGAGAUUAUAAUACUGUUUUACAUAGCUCAAUGGACCGUAAAGGAAAUCCUACUACAAACUAUCAUCCUCAUGCUCUUAAGGAAAUCAUGAAUGUCAUGGAUACAUUAGAACUAGUGGAUAUAUGGAGGCUUAAAUAUCCUGACCUAGUGAGAUAUACAUGGCGGAGACUGAAUCAAGCUAGUCAUCUUGACUUCUUUCUUAUGUCAUUCUCGUUGGCACCAAAAGUUUAAAAAGUGUUGAUAGGGGACAGAAUGCAGUCGGACCAUCAUAUAAUUGGCAUAUAUAUUACUCUUACUGAAUUUUCACGUGGGCAAGGAUAAUCAAAGCCUAUUGGAUGAUAACUUGUUUUGAACUAGGACAGACAAAUGUAUAACUUAAUUUUUCCGACAUAACAUAGGUACAGCAAAUCCCCUUAUUGUAUGGGACACUUUUAAAUGUGCCUUUAGAGCCCAUACAAUUCAGUACUCAGCUCGAAAACAAAAGCAAUUUAGGUCAAAAGAGCCAUACUAACAAAGGUUCACAAACAGAUGGAACAAUAAAACGGUUUAGAGGUUCAACAAUUUAGAGGUCGAAAACAAAAGCACUUAUCAAGAAAGAUCAACUAACAAAUAAAAAUAACAGAUGGAUAGAAUAAAAACAAAUAGAGGUCAUAAUAAUCUUAAGGGGAAAAAAAGAAUGGAGGAACUUGUUCAAGACGAUCAAUGUAUAAUAUAUUAUAAAAACAAAUGCACACUGGUUGGAUAGGGUCAAAAAUCACCAAAUUGCUUUUUUAAAUCUUAACAUAGAAAGUGACUUCACAAAAGUAAUGUACUAAAUUGUUAAAAUAUAACAAUUAACCAUGAUUCACCAAAUUAUAUUUUGAAGGACAAGGAAGGUCUUUAAGCAUGUUUUUGUUUCAGUCGCCUCCAUCUCCUCUAACUGAAGCUAAUUGUAUGGAUUUAUUUUAUAUUGAUAAUGUACAAUUAACAGCCAUACAGAAAUACUAAUGUGAAGGCGAAAUUACAGAGGAGGAACUUCUGGAUGCAAUUAAAGACUUAAGUCCGGGAAAACUCCAGGGUUGGAUGGCAUACCAGUUGAGGUAUACCAAACCUUUUUUGAUAUGCUCAGAUGACUGUUAUUAGCAUGUUUUAACCACUCCUAUGUAAAUGGUAGAUUAUCAGACACUCAAGAAAAAGGUCUGAUUUCAUUAUUACUGAAACAGGACACAAGUGGGAAAUAUAAAGAUCCAGUCCAUUAAAAACAUUGGAGGCCCCUUACACUUCAGUGUUGUGAUGCAAAUACUCUAGCAAAAUGUAUAGCGCAUAUAAUUAAAAAGGUGUUAUAUCAGGUUUUUUACAUGGACGAUACAUUGGAGAUAAUAUAAGGCAAGUACUGCAAACAAUAGAACACUUUGAAAAGGCUUUUGAUACAUAUCCCAAAAUAAAUGAUCUCACUCCAAUACAUUUUAAUAGAAAGUUAGCAAAAAUAAAUAAGAUCUUGCUACCAUGGAAAGGUAAAUACCUGUCUAUUUGUGGAAAUAUCACCCUGAUUAACUCUUUAGUAUUAUCCCAGUUUACCUAUUUGCGUAUGGUCUUGUCUACGACUAGCAAACCAUUUUUUAAAUUAUAUGAGAAAAAAAUAUUCCGUUUUAUUUGGAAUGGCAAGCCAGACAAAAUUAAAUGGGCCUAUUUAUAUAAUGAAUAUGAAUUCGGAGGACAGAAAUUAUUAAAUAUUAAAGCAUUAGACCUAUCACUAAAAGCUUCAGUCAUACAAAAGUUAUACUUAAAUCCGAACUGGUUCUCUAGCAAAUGAGUAAGAUUGUCUCACCCCAUGUUCAAGAACGGCCUUUUCCCCUUUAUUCACAUUACAACCUCUCACUUUCAAUUAUUUGAAAAGGAAAUCAUCUCCCAAAUAUCACUAUUUCUAAAACAAGCCAUAGAAAGUUGGUUGCAAUUUCAAUUUAAUCCUCCAGAUACGACAGAACAAAUAAUGCAACAAAUAUUGUGGUUAAACUCAAAUAUACUAAUUGAUUAAAAAAACAUAUUUUGAAAAAAUGUUUUUUAAAAAGGUAUAAUCUUCGUAAAUGAUAUCAUAGGUAGGACUGGUGGAGUUAUGUCGCACAUGCAGCUAACAAAAACAUAUGGAAAUGUCUGCUCUACCCAAAAUUACAACCAAAUAAUUGCAGUAUUACCGCAAAAAUGGAAGAGGAAAGUGGAAGGGGAAAAAGUAAGGAACUUGUCUGUCGGUCCUGCAUUAAAGACUAUAAUUGGUUAACCUCUUAAGGAUCGGACCCUUUUUUUCAAUUUUCGCCUAAAAUGACAUACCGGAAUCUAACUGCCUGUAUCUCAGGACCUGAAGCAAGGAUAUGCAUAUUCUUCUUUUUUCUACUUUUUUAAAAAAAGAAUUUAGGGGGUAUACAUAUUCUUGAUACCAUUUGAAAGGAAACACUUUGAAGUUUGUGGAAGUGUGAAAUUAAUGUAGGAGAAUAUAACACAUUAUAUCUGGUAAAAGACAAUACAAACAAAAAAACACGCAUUUUCUAUCAUUUGUUUUGUUCCAUCAUCUUUGAAAUGCAAGAGAAAGGCCACAAUAUAAUAUUGCAGUUUAGGCUCAAUUUAGAUUUUGGCCACUAGAUGGCAGCCGUGUGUGUGCAAAGUUUCAGAUUGAUCCAGUGAAGCAUUGCAAUACUGGACUAUUUUGUAAUAGCUACUGUAAAUUGGACAGUGCUGUUAGAUUAACAAGAAUUUAAGCUUUCUGCCCAUAUAAGGCAUGUCUAUGUCCUGGAAAGUUUGCUGUUACUUACAACAGUCGUGCUAAUCACAUUAGUGCACGUUAGCUCAACCGUCCCGUAUACGGGACACCGAUCCCGUAGAGGUUAAAGAAAAUUGUGAUAAAUAAAAAAGUAAACCAGUUUCAUUUAAGGACCAAAGGAUUGACAGCUGUCCCAUAUAGAUUGCAAAAUUGUUGGGAAGAGAUUUUUUACAUACCGAUUCAAUGGCAAAUGGUUUAUGAACUGAUACGCAAAACGACACUGGAUUCAAAACUUAGAAUUUUUCAAAUUAAAUGAUUAUACAAAAUUCUUGCUACCAAUAGAAUGUUAUUUAUAUGGGGGAUACAAUCUUCCCAGCUCUGCAGAUUUUGCUGCGAAGAGACAGAAUCAUUAGAUCAUUUGUUUUGGUACUGUCCAUUUGUAGCUUGUUUUUGGUCACAGGUCCAGGAAUGGCUGUAGGAUUGCAAUAUUUACCUGGAGCUAACCCUGCAGAUAGCACUACUGGGUGAUCUGAAUAGUCAUAGUCAAUCGAUCAAUAAUAUUAUAAUACUUUUGCAAAAAUGUUUAUUUUCAAUUUACAAUCUGUAGAAACAAUGAGAAUAGAAGGGUUCAGAACUUUUGUGAAACAUCACAUUACAGUUGAAAAUAUAUGGCAAAUAAGAGAUAGAUGGGAGGGGUUGAAUGGAGCUGAAGGUUGGGACUAAUAACAACAAGAUAACUCAUGUAAAACAUACUGUGUCCAUAAUAAGUAUAUACAGUGGGGAGAACAAGUAUUUGAUACACUGCCGAUUUUACAGGUUUUCCUACUUACAAAGCAUGUAGAGGUGAGAGACGGAAUCUAAAACAAAAAUCCAGAAAAUCACAUUGUAUGAUUUUUAAGUAAUUCAUUUGCAUUUUAUUGCAUGACAUAAGUAUUUGAUACAUCAGAAAAGCAGAAUUUAAUAUUUGGUACAGAAACCUUUGUUUGCAAUUACAGAGAUCAUACAUUUCCUGUAGGUCUUGACCAGGUUUGCACACACUGCAGCAGGGAUUUUGGCCCACUCCUCCAUACAGACCUUCUCCAGAUCCUUCAGGUUUCGGGGCUGUCGCUGGGCAAUACGGACUUUCAGCUCCCUCCAAAGAUGUUCUAUUGUGUUCAGGUCUGGAGACUGGCUAGGCUACUCCAGGACCUUGAGAUGCUUCUUACGGAGACACUCCUUAGUUGCCCUGGCUGUGUGUUUCGGGUCGUUGUCAUGCUGGAAGACCCAGCCACGACCCAUCUACAAUGCUCUUACUGAGGGAAGGAGGUUGUUGGCCAAGAUCUCGCGAUACAUGGCCCCAUCCAUCCUCCCCUCAAUACGGUGCAGUCGUCCUGUCCCCUUUGCAGAAAAGCAUCCCCAAAGAAUGAUGUUUUCACCUCCAUGCUUCACGGUUGGGAUGGUGUUCUUGGGGUUGUACUCAUCCUUCUUCUUCCUCCAAACACGGCGAGUGGAGUUUAGACCAAAAAGCUCUAUUUUUUGUCUCAUCAGACCACAUGACCUUCUCCCAUUCCUCCUCUGAAUCAUCCAGAUGGUCAUUGGCAAACUUCCGACGGGCCUGGACAUGCGCUGGCUUGAGCAGGGGAACCUUGCGUGCGCUGCAGGAUUUUAAUCCAUGACGGCGUAGUGUGUUACUAAUGGUUUUCUUUGAGACUGUGGUCCCAGCUCUCUUCAGGUCAUUGACCAGGUCCUGCCGUGUAGUUCUGGGCUGAUCCCUCACCUUCCUCAUGAUCAUUGAUGCCCCACGAGGUGAGAUCUUGCAUGGAGCCCCAGACCGAGGGUGAUUGACCGUCAUCUUGAACUUCUUACAUUUUCUAAUAAUUGCGCCAACAGUUGUUGCCUUCUCACCAAGCUGCUUGCCUAUUGUCCUGUAGCCCAUCCCAGCCUUGUGCAGGUCUACAAUUUUAUCCCUGAUGUCCUUACACAGCUCUCUGGUCUUGGCCAUUGUGGAGAGGUUGGAGUCUGUUUGAUUGAGUGUGUGGACAGGUGUCUUUUAUACAGGUAACGAGUUCAAACAGGUGCAGUUAAUACAGGUAAUGAGUGGAGAACAGGAGGGCUUCUUAAAGAAAAACUAACAGGUCUGUGAGAGCCGGAAUUCUUACUGGUUGGUAGGUGAUCAAAUACUUAUGUCAUGCAAUAAAAUACAAAUUAAUUACUUAAAAAUCAUACAAUCUUUAGAUUCCAUUUCUCACAGUUGAAGUGUACCUAUGAUAAAAAUUACAGACCUCUACAUGCUUUGUAAGUAGGAAAACCUGAAAAAUCGGCAGUGUAUCAAAUACUUGUUCUCCCCACUGUAGGUUAAGAACUUUUGUGAAAGAGCACAGUUUGAAAGAUAUGGCAUAUAGAAGCAAACUGGAUGGACAUCAUGAAAAUGAUCGGAGAGGUUGAGGGUAGAGGAAGUUCAGGAGUAAAAACAAACAAAAUAGAACUAUUGUCAAAUUGACUGUGUCCAUAACAUUUAUAUAGGAUGUACAGUGGGGAGAACAAGUAUUUGAUACACUGCCGAUUUUGCAGGUUUUCCUACUUACAAGCAUGUAGAGGUCUGUAAUUUUUUAUCAUAGGUAACCAUCUGCACAACCAGUAAGAAUUCCGGCUCUCACAGACCUGUUAGUUUUUCUUUAAGAAGCCCUCCUGUUCUCCACUCAUUACCUGUAUUAACUGCACCUGUUUGAACUCGUUACCUGUAUAAAAGACACCUGUCCACACACUCAAUCAAACAGACUCCAACCUCUCCACAAUGGCCAAGACCAGAGAGCUGUGUAAGGACACCAGGGGUAAAAUUGUAGACCUGCACAAGGCUGGGAUGGGCUACAGGACAAUAGGCAAGCAGCUUGGUGAGAAGGCAACAACUGUUGGCGCUAUUAUUAGAAAAUGGAAGAAGUUCAAGAUGACGGUCAAUCACCCUCAGUCUGGGGCUCCAUGCAAGAUCUCACCUCGUGGGGCAUCAAUGAUCAUGAGGAAGGUGAGGGAUCAGCCCAGAACUACACGGCAGGACCUGGUCAAUGACCUGAAGAGAGCUGGGACCACAGUCUCAAAGAAAACCAUUAGUAACACACUACGCCGUCAUGGAUUAAAAUCCUGCAGGCACGCAAGGUCCCCAUGUUCAAGCCAGCGCAUGUCCAGGCCCGUUGAAGUUUGCCAUGACCAUCUGGAUGAUCCAGAGGAGGAAUGGGAGAAGGUAUGUGGUCUGAGUGAACAAAAAAGUGCUUUUGGUCUAAACUCCACUCGCCGUGUUUGGAGGAAGAAGAAGGCUGAGUACAACCCAAGAACACCAUCCCAACCGCGAAGCAUGGAGGUGGAAACAUCAUUCUUUGGGGAUGCUUUUCUGUAAAGGGGACAGGACGACUGCGCCGUAUUGAGGGGAGGAUGGCUGGGGCCAUGUAUUGCGAGUUAUUGGCCAACAACCUCCUUCCCUCAGUAAGAGCAUUGAAGAUGGGUCGUGGCUGGGUCUUCCAGCAUGACAACGACCCGAAACACACAGCCAGGGCAACUAAGGAGUGGCUCCGUAAGAAGCAUCUCAAGGUCCUGGAGUGGCCUAGCCAGUCUCCAGACCUGAACACAAUAGAAAAUCUUUGGAGGGAGCUGAAAGUACAUAUUGCCCAGCGACAGCCCCGAAACCUGAAGGAUCUGGAGAAGGUCUGUAUGGAGGAGUGGGCCAAAAUCCCUGCUGCAGUGUGUGCAAACCUGGUCAAGACCUACAGGAAACGUAUGAUCUCUGUAAUUGCAAACAAAGGUUUCUGUACCAAAUAUUUAAUUCUGCUUUUCUGAUGUAUCAAAUACUUAUGUCAUGCAAUAAAAUGCAAAGGAAUUACUUAAAAAUCAUACAAUGUGAUUUUCUGGAUUUUUGUUUUAGAUUCCGUCUCUCACAGUUUAAGUGUACCUAUGAUAAAAAUUACAGACCGCUACAUGCUUUGUAAGUAGGAAAACCUGCAAAAUCGGCAGUUUAUCAAAUACUUGUUCUCCCCACUGUAUAUGCUGGAAGUAGAGGCCUAAGCGUUGUUGUUCACUAGUUUACUCCAAUUAGGGAAGGGGUGGUGGGGUUAGAAAGUAAUAAUAAAAAAAUAAAAAAUAGGACUGAUGGUAGAGGCAGAUGACCCACUCGCCAUUGGAUCCUUACAAGGCACCCCAACCUACGUCCCCGAUAUCUCUGUCUCUUCUUUAUGCGAAUGAUGGGGAUUUGGGCCUUGUCGGGUGUCUGAAGUAAAUCCUUCACGUCCGACUCGUUAAAUAAAAAAUCUUCGUCCAGUAUGAGGUGAGUAAUUGCUGUCCUGAUAUCCAGAAGCUAUUUUCGGUCAUAAGAGAUGUUGGCAGAAACAUUAUGUACAAAAUAAAUUACAAAUAACGUGAAAAAACCACACACAAUAGCACAAUUGGUUAGGAGCCCUUAAAACGGCAGCCAUCUCCUCCGGAGGUUGUAGCAGGUCUCUUAUAACCUAACUGCAGGGCUUCCUAGCACCCAGGGAGCCAGACAAGUAUGGGUAUGGUUGACAUCGGCAAAGACUGGGACCUUUUUCAGGAUGAAAAGAAACGGGAUGGAGCUAAGCAGAGGUAAAAUCCUAGACGAAAACCUGCUUCAGUCUGCUUUCCACUAGACACUGGGAGAGGAAUUCGCCAUUCAACAGGACAAUAACCUACAACACAAACCCAAAUCUACACUGGAGUUGCUUACCAAGAAGACAGUGAAUGUUCCUGAGUGGCCAAGUUACAGUGUUGACUUCAAUCUGCUUGAAAAUCUAAGGAAGACUUGAAAAUUGCUGUCUAGCCAUGAUCCCCAACACCUUGACAGAGCUUGAAGAACUUUGAAAAGAAGAAUGGGCAAAUAUUGCACAAUACAGGUGUGCAAAGCUCUUAUGAGACUUGUCCAAGAAGACUCACAGCUGUAAUCGCUGCCAAAGGUGUGUGUGUGUGGGGGGGUGAAUACUUAUCCAAUCAAGGUAUAUUAUGGUUUUAUUUGUCAUUCAUCUUUUUAAAAUGUUAGAAUGUCUUCCACUUUGACAGAUUAUUUUGUGUAGAUCAUUGGGGGAAAAAAGACAAAUCAAUUUGAAUCCCAAUUUGUAACACAAUAAAAUGUAAACAAAUCCAAGGGGGUGUAGACUUUCCAUAGGCAGCUACGUUUAUUUUCACUUACAGUAGUUGCUUCAGCAUGACAGUCCUGGAAUUUUUUAAAGAAAUAGUUGGUGAGUUUUCUGAAAUCGUCUAGGCAAUUGGAGAAAGAACAAAAGACAAUCUUAGCGCUAUGAAGCCUUCACUAAGAUUGUUCUUCGUCCAUUGCCUACAAGCUUUCUCCCAAAGCUCAGCCAGGUUCUUCAUUUUCAAACGUUGUGUAAACUGUUACUGUAUCUUUGAUUGUUUUGCAGUUGUGAUCCAGGUCACACAGACCAGUGAUGUGAGUGUGAGACCCAGCAGGACAUGGGUACCAGCCUGGCCCUAGAGGCCCAGUACUGCCAGUGUGACGACACUAGCUGCAACCAUCACAACAGGGGAAGGAGUGGUCCAAAAAACAUCUCACUUCAGGACACUUCAUGUUGUGAGUUUCUAAAAGAAGUGGUGUAUAGAAUGUGGGUCUGAGAAGGAUGUUGUAGGAGCUUACUCAGUCGUUUAUCACUUAUUUUCUGUGACUGUUGGGGAAGAGCUAAGGUGACUGUAAUCUUUAGAUCACUGGUUCAAAUUUGUCUCGAAGGACCAAUCCCCAGCCUUUCACAUAGUGACCAAUGUUCCCUCGCGCAGCUUCCCUUGGACUGCCAUGCAGAAGCAAUGUCCGCCGCACAGAGAAGCAGGAGACUGAACUUCACUUACCUUUCUGGAGUUUCCCCUUUAGUUAACACUAUGAACGUUUCACUCUAUUGUUGGAAAUGUGAUCGAAUCAACCCAAUAUUAGCCACUUUCAAUGUAAUAUACCGAAACAAAACGAACUAUGCAAGACUUAGAAUGCAAAGAGAGAUUUUCUUGUAGGCAGAGCGCAUUGGAGUAGGAUGCUAUUGCAUUGACAGGCACGCUCAGGCCCAUAUUCGACACAGACCGGUGCGCCAUAACCAAUCAGAGCUGCAGUAGGCCUAUAUGCAAAUAGCCAUUGCCAUACAUGGAUCUGUGCCGUUCACUUUGAACUGGACUGUGUUUAGGAUACAGUAUGAGCGGUCCUUGUUUAGAGAUCAAAGUGAGAGCUGCAUGUAGUCACCUGUGCACAUUUGUUCAUAUUCUUUGCUAGUUAGUGAGUUAUUAGUCCAGUUAUAGCUAAUUUCUAGUCAACAAUGGGGGAGUGGUUGCUUCCUACAAGAGCACAAACAUUUAUUUAUUUUGAAAAGCGAGUCAGGUAAAGUGCUUUUUUUAUGUCUUAAAGGGGCAGUGUUGUAUUUUGAGACGGUCUUAAAUAAGCUAAGUAGCCAAUAGUUAGAGAGUAGUAUAAUUUGUCUAAUUCUCUGUAAUAAUGGUAUGGGAAUAUACAUAUAUUUUAUUUUGUAAAGUGGUUUCUUGCAUCAAACAACACAACAUUUUCAGUCACCUCCUUGUCUGAAGGACAAGUGGAUAAACAGGUUAAUGUCAAGCCCUGCAUGUUUUUUUUUUCAAAAGUCUCAUGGAAUGUAGGCCUACAUUGAACACCACACAUUGGCUGCUACUGUAGGCUUAAUGAUAGAACAGCUAAUUCCAUGUUAAAAUGUUAUGUGAUGCAUUUUUCUCCAUUGUUUUUGAUGGUAGGCCACUCUGGUAGGCCUACAUAAUGAUCAAAUAGCCAAAGUAGCCUACUUGGCCACUGUUAAAACUGUAACUUAAAGCAGGUACAGCCUCAGUGUUCACUGAUUUUGCACAGAAUUUUCACAACGUUCAAGUUUGCGCUCAGCUGACCUGAAAUUUACUCAGUGCCAAAAAUAAUUAGAGGGAACAUUGAUAGUGAACUUCGUCACAUUUUUUAUUGUUCUAUAUGCUAGAAUAGAUGCUAAAAUAAGUGACUAGGUUAUUGGUUGAUUGUAUGUCUAUGUACAAAAAAUAACUCUGCCUCCACCGGUCAUAUUCCAGGACAAUAUCGGUCUCGAAAGACCCUGAAAAAAAGCUUGAUAGGGUUUUAGUAGAAGUCUACAUUGAGUUGGAUGAUGAGUAAUGUCCCUAUAUGUGUUCUGUCUCCGUCUUUACAGGUAAUGGGAGGUGUGACUGUGGUACCUGUGAGUGUUACCAGAACUACACCGGUCCUGCGUGUGAAUGCUAUACUCUCACAGACCAGUGCCAGACACCAAGACUCUUCCUAGAGCUGGCCGCCUGGCCAAACUGAGCAAUCGAGGGAGAAGGGCCUUGGUCAGGGAGGUGACCAAAAACCCGAUGGUCACUCUGACAGAGCUCCAGAGACAACAAUCUCUGCAGCACUCCACCAAUCAGGCCUUGAUGGUAGAGUGGCCAGAUGGAAGCCACUACUCAGUAAAAGGCACAUGACAGCCCGCUUGGAGUUUGCCAAAAGGCACCUAAAGACUCUCAGACCAUCAGAAACAAGAUUCUCUGGUCUGAUGAAACCAAGAUUGAACUCUUCGGCCUGAAUGCCAAGUGUCACGUCUGGAGGAAACCUGGCACCCUCCCUACGGUGAAGCAUGGUGGUGGCAGCAUCAUGCUGUGGGGAUGUUUUUCAGCAGCAGGGACUGGGAGACCAGUCAGGAUCAAGGGAAAGAUGAAUGAAGCAAAGUACAGAGAGAUCCUUGAUGAAAACCUGCUCCAGAGCGCUCAGGACCUCAGACUGGGGCGACCCUAAGCACACAGCCAAGACAACGCAGGAGUGACUUCGGGACAAGACUCUGAACGUCCUUGAGUGGCCCAGCCAGAGCCUGGACUUGAACCCGAUCAAACAUUUCUGGAGAGACCUGAAAAUAGCUGUGCAGCGACGCUCCCCAUCCAACCUGACAGAGCUUGAGAGGAUCUGCAGAGAAGAAUAUGAGAAACUCCACAAAUACAGGUGUGCCAAGCUUGUAGCGUCAUACCCAAGAAGACUUGAGGCUGUAAUCGCUCUGACGCUUCUCGGAAGUGGCAGGGCUUGCAAACUAUCAUGGAUUACAAAGGGAAACCCAGCCACGAGCUGCCAAGUGACAUGAGCCUACCAGACGAGCUAAAUGCCAUCUAUGCUUUCUUCGAGGCAAUCAACACUGAACAAUGCGUGAGCAUCAGCUGUUCCGGAAGACUGUGUGAUCACACUCUCCGUAGCAGAUGUGAGUAAGAGCUUUAAACAGGUUAACAUUCACAAAGGCUGCAGGGCCAGACGGAUUACCAGGACGCGUACUCAGAGCAUGCGCUAACCAGCUGGCAAGUGCCUUCAGUGACAUUUUCAACCUCAAGCAGACCACCAUAGUCUGUGCCCAAGAACGCCAAGGUAACCUGUCUAAAUGACUAUCGCCCCGUAGCGCUCAUAUCUGUAGCCAUGAAAUGCUUUGAAAGGCUGGUCAUGGCUCACAAUCAACACCAUCAUCCCAGACACCCUGGACCCCCUCCAAUUCGCAUACUGCCCGAACAGAACCACAGAUGACGUAAUCUCUAUUGCACUCCACACUGCCCUUUCCCAAUUGGACAAAAGGAACACCUAUGUGAGAAUGCUGUUCAUUGACUACAGCUCAGCGUUCAACACCAUAGUGCCCUCGAAGCUCUUCACUAAGCUAAGGUCCCUGGGACUGAACACCUUCUGCAACUGGAUCCUGGACUUCCUGUCGGGACAACCCCAGGUGGUGAUGGUAGGCAACAACACAUCUGCCACGCUGCCCCUCAACACGGGGGACCCUCAGGGGUGUGUACUUAGUCCCCUCCUGUACUCCCUGUUCACCCACGAUUGUAUUGCCACGCAAGACUCCAACACCAUCAAUAAGUUUGCAGACGACGAUGAGACAGCCUAUAGGGAGGAGGUCAGAGACCUGGCAGUGUGGUGACAGGUCAACAACCUCUCCCUCAAUGUUAGUAAGACAAAGGAGCUGAUCGUGGAAUUCAGGAAACGGAGGGCUGAGCACGCCCCUAUUCACAUCGACAGGGUUGUAGUGGUGCAGUGGUCUAAGGCACUGCAUCGCAGUGCUAGCUGUGCCACUAGAGAUCCUGGUUCGAGUCCAGGCUCUGUCGCAGCCGGCCACGACCGGGAGACCCAUGGGCGGCGCACAAUUGGCCCAGCGUCGUCCAAGGUACGGGAGGGUUUGGCCGGCAGGGAUGUGGGUUCGUUUCCCACGGGGGGCCAGUAUGAAAAAACAAAACAAAAAAAAAGUCUGCAUUCACUAACUGUAAGUCGCUCUGGAUAAGAGUGUAUGCUAAAUGACUAAAAUGUAAAUGUAGUGGAGCAGGUCAAGAGCUUCAAGUUCCUCGGUGUCCACAUCACUAAGGAUCUAUCAUGGUCCAACCACACCAACACAGUCGUUAAGAGGGCACGACAACGCCACUUCCCCCUCAGGAGGCUGAAAAGUUUUGGCAUGGGCCCUCAGAUUCUCAAAAAGUUUGACUACCACAUCAUCGAGAGCAUCUUGACUGGCUGCAUCACCGCUUGGUAUGACAACUGCUUGGCAUCCGACCGCAAGGCGCUACAGAGGGUAGUGCGUAUGGCCCAGCACAUCACUGGGGCUGAGCUUCCUGCCAUCCAGGACCUUUAUACCAGGCGGUGUCAGAGGAAGGACCAAAAAAUUGUCAAAGACUCCAGCCACCCAAUCCACAGACUGUUCUCUCUGCUACCGCACAGCAUGCGGUACCAAUACACCAAGUCUGGAACCAACAGGACCCCUGAAUAUCAUCUUUAUCAUGACCAUCGGUGCGAGGAUCAGGCUCCAAGAUCUUCACCACACCUGCCACCUCCGGUAAUUCUCCCUCAUUCUCUUCCAUUUCACCUCCAGAACUCACUCAGUACGGCUCACUCUGUACUUGACACCAAUCUUCCUCGACACAACUUCUCCCUUGUUGUUGCUCACUUCAUCGGAUUCAAACUCAACAUCUGCUUUCUUUACUCUCUUUAUCUUCUUCUUUUCCCGCAGUGCCUCCAAGUUCCCCGGGAGCACGACACAGCCAUAACCCCCUAUAAAGUGCAUUCUUCCCAGAUC